AUGGUUCAAUGGUUGAUGACUCGCUUUGUUGGUCGAAAUCAUCCAGCAAAUGCUUUUCAUUACGUUUCUAGAUUAGCCACUAUAAACGGUUUAAGUGACAAAAAAAUCAAAUUUCUUAUAAACCCUCGAAUUAGUCCCAGUUCAAACGCAGGGUUUACUCGAUUAUCAGAGAAAGAAGAAAAAGAGAACGUCAAAAAUGAUUCAAUUGUUAAGAAAAACAAACCGCCGAAAUACGGAGACCUUGUAACCAUCCUCAGCCUUGACGGCGGCGGAGUCCGAGGAAUCAUCGGAGGAGUCAUCCUUGCUAAUCUUGAAAAACAUCUUCAGGAGAUCGAUAAUGACAAAAGCAUGAGGCUAGCUGAUUAUUUCGACGUCGUAGCCGGAACCAGCACCGGUGGCCUUAUGACGACCAUGUUGACUGCACCGAACAAGGCCGGUCGGCCGCUUUAUGCAGCCGAUGAGAUUGUUCCGUUUUACUUUAGAGAGGCUGCUAAGAUAUUUCCACCAGGAAGCUGGAUGAUGUCGAUUAUAAAACUGUUGAUGGGUCCAAAAUACAACGGAAAUGAUCUACGAACUAUAUUAAGAAAUCUUCUUGGAGAGACAAGACUUCACGACACACUCACAAACAUUGUUAUACCUACCUUCGACAUCAAGGAACUGAAACCCACCAUCUUCUCCUCUUAUCAGGAGUCGGUUAACCCUAGCUUGAACGUCAAGUUAUCAGACAUAUGCAUUGGCACAUCGGCUGCUCCCACUUACCUUCCUGCUCAUUACUUUAGCAAUAAAGAUAAACAAGGAAAGACGACAGAGUUUAACCUCAUAGACGGUGGUGUUACUGCUAAUGACCCAACUUUGACGGCCAUUACUGCUGUGUCUAGGCAAGUUUUGAAGAAUCAUCCUGAUAUGUAUGGGCUCGAGGCGUUAGGUUAUGACAAGUUUCUCGUGAUAUCGAUAGGGACAGGAGCCUCAAAAAAGGACAAGUAUAGCGCCACAGACGCUGCAAAAUGGGGAAUCGAAAAUUGGGCGUACAACUUCAAAUAUAAUUCAAAUCCGAUACUAGAAGUGAUACUGGAAUCAAGCCGGGACAUGGUCCAAUACCACACAUCUGUUCUGUUUCAAGCCCUAAAGUCCGAGGGUAAUUACCUCAGAAUCGACGUUGAUACAUUGAAACCAGAUGAAGUCUCAAUGGAUAAAGCGGCGAUGCCGAACUUAGAGAAUCUAAAGAGUAUUGGAGAAAAAUUACUAAAAAGCAAUGUCGUGCGUAUGAACCUAAACACAGAUAUAUAUGAACCUGUUCCUCGAAAUGUCACCAAUGAUCAAGAACUCAUGAGGUUUGCGAAAAUUCUCUCGAAUGAAAGAAAAAUAAGGAACGAAAGAAGCAAGACAAUGAUUGAUAAAUAA